AUAUAGAGAACAGAUAGACAGACACUCUAUUCUAUAGAUACUCUAAAAAAUAAAUGCUAAAUUAUAAAAUUUAAUAUUGAAAUUAAUAAUUUUGCAGGCUCUCGAAUGUAUAUAUGGGACUAUGUAGCUCAUAGAAAGGGCUUUAACUGGAAUGGAAGAAUUAAAAGGUUUGGCCAAAAUUCUCGCAUCAGCGAUUAUUGGAGUUUUUUAGGACGUGUAACUCCAUCUUUUGAUAAUAGUUCUUCAAGGAACGUCACUACACAGAUAGGACAAACUGUUUAUCUUCAUUGUAUUGUACACAACCUCGGAGAUAAAACGGUAUCGUGGAUAAGAAGAAAGGAUUUUCAUGUUCUAACUGUUGGAUUAGAGACUUAUACGACAGAUGCUAGGUUUCAAGCUAUUCAUAUGGAAAGAACGAAUGAUUGGUCUCUACAAAUAAGAUAUCCUCAAUUAAAUGAUGCUGGUUUAUACGAAUGCCAAGUUGGUUCGGAUCCAAAAAUUAGCUUUUUUGUCAAUCUCAACGUUGUAUCGUGGAUAAGAAGAAAGGAUUUUCAUGUUCUAACUGUUGGAUUAGAGACUUAUACGACAGAUGCUAGGUUUCAAGCUAUUCAUAUGGAAAGAACGAAUGAUUGGUCUCUACAAAUAAGAUAUCCUCAAUUAAAUGAUGCUGGUUUAUACGAAUGCCAAGUUGGUUCGGAUCCAAAAAUUAGCUUUUUUGUCAAUCUCAACGUUGUAGAGGCAAAAGCAUCGAUACUAGGACCUCAUCCACUUUAUAUCAAAACAGGAAGUUCUAUUAACUUGACUUGUGUCAUAACUCAAAGUCCAGUACCUCCAGUUUUCGUUUUUUGGUUUCAUAACGAAAGAAUGAUCAAUUAUGAUUCUUCGAGAGGAGAAAUAUCAUUACAGAAAGCUGGAAACGAUACAGUUGUCAGUAAAUUAUAUAUAAAGGAUGCACAAGCAGACUACUCCGGAAAUUACACCUGCGGUCCUUCAAAUGCUGAUUCUAUAAGUAUCUCAGUAUAUAUACUUAAUGGUGAACAACCUGCAGCCAUGCAACACGAUGCCAAUGCUUCCAAAUCAACAUCAUCAGCUCGAGUGACGUUGUCACCUGCAACAUUCUUGCUUCUAGCCUUAUUCUACAGGUGACGUGAAACAAUAUCGGAAUUCCGUCAACACUGAUGGAAGAAGAGGGGAAAAAUAAUAAUAAAAUAAAAUAAAACAACAACAAUAACAACAACAAAACAAUAUAACUUCGACUCAAACAUUACGACAAACACUGCCCAGAUGGUUCUUGGCAUAUGUUGUCCUUAUGAUUGUUCUCUAUGGUGCUUCCUCUUUUGACAACGUCGCUGUGGAAGCGGGUAAAAACCGGACACGAAUCCAAAUGUCUACGUUAAGAAAAA